GUGGGGGAAGAGUAGUUAGGAGACACCAAUGGCUCCAGAGGUGUCUGGGCUGCCAGGGUUGGAGGGCAAGGGGCAGGGGGUAAUGUCAGGAAAAGUGAGGCUGGCUGUCCCUCUGGAGUGGCCAAAUGCAAUGUGAAUCCAAGGGCAGGGAUGGUGAUAUUUUUAUUCCUCGUCACUCACAAGUGUACUGGACGUUCAGAUAGAGAAGACAGAAAGAGGCUGGACAGAGGACAAUUCAGACACAUGGGCAGAGACACUGAGGCCGGGGGGAAGCGGGGGCAGAAAGUCCCCAAUACCAUGACACCAAGAAAACCAGAGCGACCAAGACUGAGAUUAUGCUACAAGGGAAAUAAUGGAAGAAAUGACAAGGAAGACCCAGAGGACAGCAAACACAGGAAUGUUUGACAGGCAGUACUAAAGCACAAACUGGAAGCCCAAAGAAGAGAUGAGAUGAGAGAAAAUCCCGAGCAGAAGACCUGCCCUGAAAUUCCCUGAGAGGGUCAGUCAGGGGGAAGUAGAAACAGUUCCCACCUAAGGUCCAUGACCUGCACACAGAGGGAAGGACUGCUGAUGGUCAAAGUCCAAUGGCUGGAGGUACAGCCCAGAACUGGGCUCCAUAGGGCCUGCCUGUAAGCCCCAAACCCCUUGCCCAGCCCCCAGCACUUCCUCCUUAGGAUCCAGGACAAUGGGCAGGAGAGGGUGGGGUUAUCCUGUAACCAUCCUACCAUCCCCCAGGGUCCUCUGUUAAGGAUCCAGAAUACCUGUGUUUAGGGUAAGUAGGGUCCCCCUGAAAAGGGAGAGAAGGGAAAGGAAGCAGGCAGGUCCCAGCUCCAGCCUGGGGCUAGUGCCAUGGCGUCCACUGCCCUGGGGAAGGUGCCAGGCUGGAGCCCAGGAAUGUGGGUGAUCUGGUGCCCACACCCAGGGAGGAGAAGCUAAGCAGCCCACACCCACGGACAAUAGGGUGGAGGAUUGUGAAUACAGAUCAGGGAUGCUGGGUCCCCCUUCUGUGGCCCUCGAGGACCUCAAACCCCUGUCCUGCUGGUCCUCACCUCACCAGCCUUUCUGGCCAGGGCAUGGGAGGGGUGAGAGGGCUGGUCUGUCCAGGACAGGAAGGGAGUAGCUGAAACCACAGAGGCUGUCUAGGGGAAGAACAGCCCUGACCCCCAGACCCUGACUAGGGGACGGAAGGGACACACUGUGGUGACGCCCUGACAGCUUCUGGGACUGGGAAUGGGGUGGCACUGCUGGGGGCCUGCGGCGCAAAGGACUCAGAGAGAGCACCAAUGAGGAGACUCAAUCCAGCCUCCCAACCCAGUCCAGUCAUGCAAGUACAGGAAGAUGCAGACAACCUUAUCCCUUUUGCCAAGUGUUCUAGGGUGGUCAGCCGAUCUCCACCCCCCUCCUUGCCUUCCCAGAGCCUUGGACUGAUGCCCCAGCACUAUGGAGACACCUUCUGGGAGAAUCUUAGUCAAAGGCCCAGCCCCACCUGGAUGGAGGAACAGUACACCCCACCCUUGCUGAGAGCCACUGGUUGCUCCCAGCCUGGCCAGUAUGGCCCUGAGGGACUCCCACCUCCUGAGGUGCUCUGCAGAAGAAAGAGGAGGAGGCCACAUUCGCGAGGAAUGCAGCGGGGAUCUGGGGGCAUCCCAGCCCGGGUAAGGGCUGUCACUCAUCACUUGGAGGAUCUAAGGAGGCGACAGAGAAUCAUCAAUGAACUGAAGAAGGCCCAGUGGGGCAGCUCUGGGGCAGCGUCUGGGCCUCUGCUGGUUGACAGUGAUGGCUGUGGCUUCCCUAGCACCACUGAACACCCUGAUCGGGAAGAGGAGAGGGCAGACUAUCCACAGGAGAACCACUUCCUCAUUUCUGGCAGGGCCCAGCUGCUUUGGUCUCCCUGGAGUCCCCUGGGCCAAGAGGGGUCUUGUCUUUCCAGGCAGCUGGGCUCUAAGGGCUCCUUCAGCGCUGUCACAGCCACUAGGAACUCCUUUUACCAUCCCUGGUUGGUGGAACUGCAGUCUGAAGAGUAGGGAGAAACUGUCCAAACUCAAGACACUGGCCGUGCCUCAGGGGCCCAGGAUUGGGAGCUGGAAUCUCCAGUAUUUCGGACAUCAAGGCAUUCCUCCUUUCCUUGGCCUCUCCCAUCUUCCUCUCCCCGCCUCUGAACUAGACACGAACAGCCCCGAUGGCCUCCCCUCUCCACUCUCAGAGGAGCCCCCCCCGAGGCUCCCUGUCACUAUUCUCUUCUUCGUUCUGUUAUUAAAAAGCAAGCAAGUGGAGCCCA